AGCACAACACACCAAAGAAAAGUCUCCCUCGCAACAACUCGCCCAUUUCCCUCCACACCAGCCCGACACCUCAAGCUCAACCCCGAUCGAUGGCGCCCAAGGCCGAGAAGAAGCCCGCGGAGAAGAAGCCGGCCGCCGAGGUCGCGGAGAAGGCCGAGAAGACCCCCGCCGGCAAGAAGCCCAAGGCGGAGAAGCGGCUGCCGGCGUCCAAGUCCGCCAAGGAGGGCGGCGACAAGAAGGGGCGGAAGAAGAACAAGAAGAGCGUGGAGACCUACAAGAUCUACAUCUUCAAGGUGCUCAAGCAGGUGCACCCGGACAUCGGCAUCUCCUCCAAGGCCAUGUCCAUCAUGAACUCCUUCAUCAACGACAUCUUCGAGAAGCUCGCCGGCGAGGCGGCCAAGCUGGCCAGGUACAACAAGAAGCCCACCAUCACGUCCAGGGAGAUCCAGACCUCCGUCCGCCUCGUCCUCCCCGGCGAGCUCGCCAAGCACGCCGUCUCCGAGGGCACCAAGGCCGUCACCAAGUUCACCAGCAACUAGGGAGGGAAGGUGUAUCUCUAGGGUUCCGUCGCCGUGUUCUCCUCUAGCUUCUGUGUUGCCGUCGGUCGUGUCCAUGUGUAUCGUUCUAGGUAGGUAGCGCGCCUGCUUUGUAAAUCGUGUCAGGUUGUGAUGGACGGCUUUGAUUUCAUUUAAUGGGAGAGGUUGUUUGUGACUUCUCAA